GCUGGCCCACUACUAGUGUAGCUUCACUAAUGAUCAGGGCUCUGCAUGCUGUUCUGGAGCGGUGGAGAGGAGGCGCAGAGAGAGAGAGAGAGCUUGAGGGCUUGAGGGGCAGCUGAGCAGCUCCCUGCUUAGGAAACUGCGCUACGUCAGAACCCGUUCAAAGCAUGGCACUGGAGCUCCUCCACAAGAUUGGUGAGGCUCAGCACCCAUGAUUUGAGCACCCUUAAAGCAAACGGACCCUUCUAAAAAGUUGAAGGGCCGGGGGUUUGUCUUUGAGUCGGGCUCUUCUCCUGUGCCUUGGAAUAUGGGGGCGGCCGUCAGCCGGCACCACCGGUUCCCCGCCGCCGUGCGCACAAACGUGGACCCAGAGUUGGGGCUCAUUGAAGCCAGCAGCCAGGUCACGCCCCUGGAUGUACGUGUCAACCUGCCUGAGCCAUCCCCCCUGCCCAAGCUACGCCCUACGCGCACCAUCAAGUCGAGCGUCAACCUAAAGAAGCAGUCCCUGAGGCUCAAACUGGACAAAACUCGCACGCUGCUGCCUGGCCAAGCCCCAAAGUUCCAGCUAGCGUUUGAAUUAGACGCGCUGGAAGCGUGCAAGGUCACUGCGUAUGUCCUAGGCUAUGAGAAAUCGGCGAAAGCGGGGGCAGCUCCGGGCACGGUUCCAACCAGAAUCAAGUCGAAGCACACGAAGUCUGGCGUAGUCGUGGCCAACUUUGGCAGGGGCCUCGCUCACCAGUUCGAGCACCCCCCUGGGACGGGCCUGACGAUACCCAUCCCUGAGGGGGAGCCGCUGCUUUCCAAGUCCGGGAAAACGAUCUACCCUUUGGUCAUCAGGGUAGAGACUGUAGGCGAACAGGUCGUUGCACGAGGGGGAAAAGAGAAUGUCGAGCCCCAGCAGGGGCAAGAACAGGGCCAGCAGGAGAAGAAGGUUGCUGCGCAAGUGCAAACGACAUUUGCCACGCUAGUGAAGCAGGCGGACGGCAGCUUCGAGGCGCAGGUGGCGAAGCAGGUCCUGUGGGCGCACGGGACGUCGUACGUUCUGCACGAGAUUUUCGGGAUCGACCGGAACCCCGAGAGCAGCCUCGCGGGCGCUGACGAUGCGGGCAACAAGGAGUGCGUCAUCUGCCUAACAGAGAUCCGGGACACGCUGGCGCUGCCGUGCCGGCACCUGUGCAUGUGCGCCGACUGCGCCAAGGCGCUGCGGUACCAGACCAACAAGUGCCCCAUCUGCCGUUGUGUGGUGGAGUCGCUUCUCGUGAUCCGGGUUUCAAACGGCAAAGCGGGGACGGCAAGGUGACGGGGGAGUGGGUGCGGUCGGUAGAGGGUCUCAGAAGGGACCUUUCGCACCUGUAAAGCACUAGCACGAGCACAAAAAGGCCUCUCUACGCCUUGCAGGCGGACGCCGUCAGGUCUGAACCAAUAAAUUGAUUCUUACGGGUCCGAUCAGCUUGCCCAGAUCCAAGUGACAGCAACUUCUAUCACAUGUUGGAUUCAGACUGGUAGGCGGGCUUUAGGGGUAGAUAAAAGAGGGGGCUACAAAGAACCACUACCCUCGCCAGUUGCAUGUCGAGCUUUUGGGAGCUCGCGAAGAGUUUGUACAUACGCCUAAUCUUGAUUCUUAGCUGCAGGACAUUCAGAAAGGAGGACCUUUCCGUAUGCUCGAGAAGGGCUCUGAAAGCUCUCAGUCAAGCAUACGCAGCGACUAAUAAGUGGUUCUGCUGAGUAGGUACAGACUGAAUGAAAUUGGAUCGAUCGAACGUGUUGGAUUUGACCUAGGCUUGCCAAUAGCAACGAAUUGAAGCAUUUGCUGCCAUGUUGGAAGCCAUCUGCUGCAUUGUUGGUUUAAUUAUUGCUUUACAGAG